AUGUCGAUUAUCCAACAGCACACCAGCGCGUCGCUGGGCGACUCAUGGCGCACGAUUAACAUCGAUGCGCUGACAGAAGAUUCCAGCGUUAACUUCGACACUUCUACACUUCACCCUCCACAGCCCGAGCUCUCUGAAGCCGACGUCCGCGGCAUUGCCGGACAGGUGCGCCAAUUGCUCCGUGGCGGCGAUACCGAGGGUGCUCUCCGUGGUUGCCUCGAAACGCCUGUGUAUAACGGAACAGACGCUGCAAAGGAGGCGCAUCUACACACUAUCACCGAGGUUCUACAGUCGAUCAAGGCCAGCGACAUGUCGCCGUUGCUGAAGCGUAUUUACGAAUCGGAGGGUGGCAGCGAAUGCCUCGACGUCCUAAUGAAGUACAUCUAUAAGGGCAUGUCCAGCCACGCCGCCCCCGGCCUCAAGUCCCCGUCAAAGGUUACCCCUCAAUCUACUGGUGGUUUUAGCCAAAUUGGAUCGCGACCGGGUGCCUCAAACGAAUCAGCAUCAUCUGCAAUGAGCGUUCUGCUUAGCUGGCACGAAAAGUUGGUAGAGGUUGCUGGAUUAGGCUGUAUUGGUCGCACCAUGACGGAUUGGCGCCGGGUAUAG